AUGAAUCAUGAUCAAAUUUUACAAACUAUAUCCAAAAAUAAUACUGAUUUCCCUAUAAUUGAAAGCACAACCUUGGCUGAAAUUGCGGCAGAUCUAGAUACAAACGCCAAUGAAGCAAUCGAUGGUUCCCACAGCGUUACCAAGAGUCACGAUAAUGAAAUUCUAGUUAAAAAUCAUCUUAAUUCAUCAGUAAUACACAGAAUAAAAAUUAAUAGUCUAAAGAGCAUUAAUGGUAGUAAACUAUAUGGCAAUAACAAGAAUAUUAACAAUUCAGCAACUAAUAUCGCGCCAGAGAGUUUCAUGCUGAUAAAUAUUCUAUAUCCCAUUAGUACAAUGUCAAUUUUAGCAUUAAUUUCGAAUUCCAAUGAUAGCAGCAAUUUGGACUGUUUUCAAAAUAUAAAUUACUUUUGUAAUGAAACAAUUAAUUUACGUCAGUGUCACUUGAUUGAAUUGGAAUGUGAAUUACAAGCUAAGGGAACAUCAGCCGAUGAAAUACCUGAGAGGACCAACGAAAAUAUACCUUCUUCUGACAGCCAAAAACAUUUUGGAGUUAUUUUCCCGCUACCUAAUCAUAUUUAUGGAUUCUUCAAACUUGAAAAUGUCGAAAUAACAUCAAUACAGGUUUUAUUGGGAAAUGAAAAUAUAAGACAUGACAUUGAGAAUAAUUGGUUAGAUAUUAUGUCAAGUAAUGAUCUAAUUAGUCGAUGUGAAAACCUACAUCUUGAUAGUGAGAACAUCAACACAGGAAAGAGGAAAGAGAGUCUAAGUUCGGACAUUGAGUUUUCUAUGAAACCGCCAGCUCAAAUACCAAGGCUGUCAUCAUUUAUGAGUUCAUCAUCUUUAUCAUCUUCACUUACAAUCAAAGAUGACGAAUCUAAAAAUACAACUUUAAGUAAUGAUUAUCAGAUGGAGAAGAAAAUACCAAGUGAAGAAGAAGAAGGGAAAGAUCAGGUGUUACCACAAGUGAUAAUAGAGAAUCCAAUUGAUUUUUUAACAACCAGAUAUUAUUCGACAUUGUAUUCACUAAAUAACCCAUUAAGUUAUUUUCCUAAAACUGCAUUACCAAGAUUUAAGAAUCUUAUUUCUACUUUUAAAAGCAACUUAGAUAUAGAGGAGAACAGCAAGUACAAUGAUGAACAUACCAAUUCCAGCUCUAGCAACAUUAUAGAAGGUUUGAGGGAGUUCUGGUUAAAUGUCGAUGCUUUUGAUCGACGUCAUAAUCAAAGGUAUGGCGUAUUUGGUGAUGUUAAUGAUGGAAGUGAUACUGAUAUGAAUAACCAAGUAAAUGAUGAAUUGAGUAACAUUGAAUUGAUUGAACAACAAAAGUUCAAGUCAAACCAUGGUUUUGAUCUAAAUCAACCAACCACUUUAUCUGAACACCAAGAAAACUCAGAGACUAUGGAUAUCGAUAACAAGGGAAAUGAGAAUGGAAACCAGAUACACGGCAUUACUAUGGAGAAAUUAUCACAAUUAAUUCUUGAUUUAAAGAUUCGAGAAGCCCAAUUACAAAUUUUAAUAAUAUUUGAGCUACUAAACUUGAUGCACGUAGAAGAGCAAGAAUUUUUGACUAAAAAUAAGAACAUUCAACUUGAUAAAGAAGCCCAAAAAUCAAAGAACCAAAGUUUAGUACGUCGUAAACGUCGGAAGAAUAAAAAGAAACAACCAAAUUCAGAAAAAGAUAUACUGAGUCCAGCCAUUAUCCAAAGUGUCGAGACCGAAAAGCAAUUUCAGCUUUUUAUGUCUUUAACUACUUAUAUUGACAGGUUGAGUUUGUGGGAUACAUUAUCAGUCAAAAGUGGCGGUGCUGGAAUGUAUGGGUUUAUUGGAUAUGUAUUAGUACCUUACUUCCACAAAAAAUUACCCAAACUAGUUGAAUUUGUUGUCGAGAGUAUGAAAAGUCUGAAUAUGAAAUUAGUCAGUUUAAAGAGAAAGAAAAGUGAUCAAGUUGACACCGAAGAACAUGAACAAGUGGAUACGGAAAUCGAACAUGGCACAACACCCCAAGAAUCUGAUACACCUAAACACCAAGAUGAAACACUCAAAAUGAAACCAAGAUCCAAAUACAGAAAAGUAUUACUCGAUAAGAACCCUCCUAAACUAUCCAAGUCUACAAGUAUAGUUGACUCUGAUGAUUUCAAACCAUUAAUUUCUUUAAAAAAAUCCAAAUCAAAUCUUUCCGCAAAMMUUUAUCCAAACGUGAAGUUGAUUUAA